AUGCUGGCAAGCGGAGACAGCCUGGGAUUAGUGCAGAUAUGGGACACGGUGGCCUGCGUGCUGCUCCACCGCUUUGCUCAGCACCAGGCUGACGUUCUGGCACUGGCUGCAAGCAGCGAUGGGCGGACACUACUGUCUGGCAGCGUCGAUGCGAAGAUCUCUGAGUUUGGCCGCCAAAAGGGCAGCCAGGAGCGGUGGGUCUUCCGGGAUGCGAUGCUUUGCCACUCCCAUGAUGUCCGCGCGAUUGUCAUCGACGACACAAAGAAAGGAAGAAAUACACAGAUUUCAGCCGGAGCCGCUGGCAGGCUCUUCGUCUUCAAGCCUCUGGAGUCGGGUCACGACAAAGCGGCGAGACCCUUCCAGUCCAGCAACUUUUCACCUCUCUUCCAGACGGCAUCCAUUUCGGAAGACAGCCGCCUUGUUCUUUGCCAGAAGGGGCAGACCCUGGAGCUCUGGUACCUGCCCGAGCCGGAGGACGCGCCGAGCCUCGGAGCUUCGGCCAGGGCACCGGAAGGGCAGCUGCUGCUCACGAUCUCCCUGGCCGGGAAGUCGAUUGGGCCGGAUGGCACGAAGAGGAGCACAGAAUAUCUGUGCUCCUCAACGAUCUCCCCGAAUGGGAAGCGGGUGGCGGCAAGCGACAUGACGGGGACUCGACUUUUCAACCUCAGUGUGAGCGAGCUCCAGGUCCAGCGUGUUGCUGUACCUAUAGAGAUCGCCAACAGCGCAGCGCGCGCUUUGAAGUUCUGCUCGCCGAAACUGCUCGCAGUGGCACCAUGGCAUGGACAUGUUAUCCAUCUCCUCGACUGUGAGGAGAAGAAAAUCAUAGCCAGCUUGGAGGAGCACAAGGCACCAGUUUCGUUGCUGGCCGCCGGAGGGCCUGGUGGUGAGUGGCUGGCCUCAGCCGAUCUGGCGGGAGCGGUCAACAUCUUCAGCUUGGACGGUCUUUUUCACCACGCUUCCGUUCCUGUCGGACGCGGAGCGGCCACGGCGCUGGGGUUUGACAGCUCCGGCAAACAUUUAGUAGUUGCCACGACGGCGCAUGUGGUGACCUUGUUCGACAUCGAGUCUCAAAGCUUGCAUGCAGACAUUCCGCCCUUUGACAUACCGAAGCGGCAUCUGGCAGUUCAUGCGCGCGUUUGUGGAAUCGCCGCUUUUCCCGAAGCGCCGGAAAAGCUUCUUCUUUGGGGCCACAACUACCUCCUGGCUGUAAAUGUCAAAGCCAAGAAGGUCACCAGAAGCGAACCUGCAGCGGAGCCGUAUACUUGGCGCCUCUGGGCCGGAAUUCGUCAUGUACUGGCAUUUUUCGGCCUCCAGAAGCCCUGGAGCCUCGCGACAGAUUCUGCCGAAGUUCGGAAGCGAAAGCGCGGAGAUGCCAGCGCAGAAGCGUCCCUGCUCCCGACGGGCCUUGCCAUGGAGGUGACGCCGGAAGCUGCUGAGGCUUGCCUGCCCACGCCCUUCGAACGGAAGAAGUUCCAGAAGCAGAGCCACCAAAAGCAGAAUGCCAGAGGACCAGAGCUUUGA